AUGGAAGCAACUUCUAAAAUCUUCACGUCAAAUGACCAUACUAUGAUCAAACAACUAGCCAAAUAUCUUAAAAAUAAGCAUAUAGAGUUUAUGUACAAGAAUCCUAAAGAGAUUGAUGACUUUAUAGAGACUUAUUUGAAUUUACUUCUUAAGAAGUCUGGCAGUUUGAAAGACAAAGAUUGGGAGUUAGCUUGUUACUUAUCAUUUAUAUUUAUAAUCAUUUUCGAUGCAAAUCCUGAUAAAAUUCCGACAAUAACUUUAUUACAAAAUUCAGGUCGAUUAUUUUCCGCUUCAUUGAUCUUAAAAGUUAAACAAACGAUGCUACUUGAAGGAUCUCCACAUAUUAUGUCAUAUCUUGACCAGUAUUAUCAACAAGCAUUAGCAGGCUUCGAUAAUAGUACAUUUUAUUCAGCUACACUAUGUUUUUAUCUUCUACCUGCCUCAAAUUUCAUAAAUCUCGAAAUAAAAACGAAUAAAUUCAACUCAAGAAUGAAUAAUUUUUUCCAAAUCGUCUCAAAUUUAUCAAAUACUAAAAACGGCAUACAUUAUUCGAACUUACUUUUUAUAUCAGAGACCAUUUCAAACAUAUUAAAAUCAAAAGUUCAAAUUCCACUUGAAUAUUUACAAGUUUUUAACGUUCUUUUUCGAGAAACAAUCAAAUGCCCUUCUAUUGGAUUAGUUCUGUUCUUUUCUAACUGGUUAAACUUCAUUAAACAGUUAAAUUCCCAAAUGCAAAAUCAAAAUACGCAAAAACUUCCAUUUAUGGGCUCCAUUUUACCACAAUCAGAGUCAGUAUCGCAAUUGUUUAAUAUUGUUUCGCGUUACAAGUAUAAUGAACUCAUUACUUCGUUUUCAUGGACUUAUAUUUACUUUUAUGCCGAUUUGGUACUCACAGAAGAUCAGUAUCAUCAGCAAUUAAGAGUAAUAAACAUGAUUUCGAGCAUACAAAAGCGCGUUAAUCGCUCAGAAAUUUUUCCUUACAUGAAUGACGCGAUUUCUCGAUUUUCAGGAACACUUGCUGAAGCAUACAAAAAGAAAGGUCCUGCAUGUCAUAUUUUUACCCUUAUUACUUCAUUAGAACAAACAAUUGAAUCGUUAUACGCAGAAUUAGACGAAAUUCAGCCGAUUUUCUUAGCAACACCAACUAAAACAACACCGGAUGAGAAAGUUUAUUUCAUUGAUCAGAUUAGUUCUACAAAUUAUUACUCAGAAUACGAUAAAGAAUUAUAUACAGUUGUAAACUACAAAAUUUUCACAUCUGCAGAGCAGGCUGAUGCUUUCCACAAGAAACAGCUUGCAAGAGCUGAUGAUAUCAAGUCAAAAUUAAACACAAUUGCAUUUUAUUAUUUUCAAUUGCGUCCAAAGCUCAUGAAUCUCUUUUCUUCAGAACUAAAGACAGAUUCUCAAAGCAGCCUCUUCCAUUACAUCGUUAGUUUUGCAGAUACAUGGGUAAAAUUCAUGAUAAUGGCGAGCUACAAAUUUAUGUGCUUAUCUCUCUACAAACCAUCAACAGAUGAGAACUAUACAACAUCUAGACCAGAAAGAGUCUAUCAGUACGACUUAACCAACAUUUUUCAAAAAAUUACUUUGGCUUUCCAAGAAUUGCCAAGUACUGUAUACAAAAUGAUUGGUUCGACCAUUGUAUCUCAUAUUGCGUACUUUUCGAACAAAAGAAUGAUAACUUUGCCUUUUAUUAAUAUUUUAGAUCGUCCCCCACGCGAAAGAGGACCCAACGAUCCGCCAGAUACAUACACAAUUAUUGCUUAUGUUGUGGCUUCAAUGAUGUCCCUAACUUAUGAGACUGUACAGUAUUUCAAUUCAAGAUCGUACUCCAAAGCCCAUUUGUUCUAUUUGAUGACAUUGUUGACAUUUAGAAUUGGCACUCCCAAGGGCAGCGGCAUUCCGAAUCCAUUCUUCGGCUCAUUGACCCUUUUUUACUUCAAAGUAAUUGUCACUUCCAUUUUUUCGAACACAAAAUGGAUGACAAAUCAAGAAACAGCACUUAAAGCAGCCCAAGGAUUCAUCGAUGCAGAGAAUAGCAUUCAUCCGGAACUCCCACAGCGAAAAGGACGCAAUUCACGGAUGAAUUUGCGAAUUAUCAGUUUCGAUGACAUAAAAUAUUCAGCCAAAGAGCAAGCUGCUACUGCAUUUCUUGAUUAUUUCAAUGCAGAAGCCGAUUCCUCGUCCAUUCCCAUCUUCAUGCCCGCUUUCGAAGCAUCUUUGAAGUCAUCAAAUCCAGAAACAGUCAUAAAAGCUGCCAAAAUCUGCCACAAAUUCAUAGUUGGCGAACUCCCCAACUCCUGGGUUGACGAGCAAAGCGACACAAGGCGUGAGUUCUUUGAGUUGUACUUCAAAUCUCUCAAUGUUUUAGAUGAAGAAACAGCGAAAGAAGUAAUUGAAGAUGCAACAAUUUGUACUCCAAUGUUUUUGCAGCCUCCAAAACCUGUUUUUGAUCAUUUCUACAACGCAAGGAUUCCUGAACUUGGUUUUAAUCUUACGAUUAUAAUGCAAGAACUGUUGAAUCACGCUGAAGAGAAUGAAGAUCAUUACAGAAACAUCUUUGCUUUCUUGACAAAUGUUUUUGAUUAUAUUUUCAAUAACAUUUCAACGGAAAGACAACAUAUGCAGCCAAUCAUGAAAUCUGCGAUAUUCCAGUUAUUGCAGUGUUACGCGUUCGACUCAAUGCAGUCAACAGUUAAUGGCUUCGUCAGCCAUUUGAACUCUUUGUUCGCUCCUUCUUUUGCGAAAGGAGAUUUCGAUUUGUAUUUCUUGUGUUUGUUGAGUGUUGUUGGCCAAAAUCGUUCUGAUAUCGCUCAGAUAGCUACAGAUAUUCUUGUUUCUUUCCUUCAAGGUGUCAAACACAUAGGAGUAUCUGAUAGAGUUGUCGACAAAAUUGUCGUCAAUGUUUUGGCUUAUUUUUCACCUCAAACUCACAUGUUCUCAAUUUUGACUGGUUUGUCACUUUUGAAUCGAUUUUUCCCUGGUUGUAUUUUAUUGGAUUACGUUCGUAGUUUAUUAGUACAACUGACAGACUUACCUGCAAGUGAGACACAUUUCUGUCAAGUUCUUAAUGAGUUCCUUAAGAAUUGGUUGAGUUUGCAAACACAAGAAACUCACAAAGAGUUUGUAAUGAUGAUCUAUGACAUUGUUUGUCCAUUAAGUACAAGUGUAAGGAUCAUUUUGCACCAAAGAACAGAGAAACUCAAUGUUAAGAUUCCAAUACAUUCUUUCGCGGAAAUAGACACUAAAGAUGAUGUUUUGUUUUUCGAAAGAAUUACAUUGGCAAUCGGUUGUGGUGUUGAAUUCGAUUUCGUAUUGAACCAAUCAAUAGUUAACAGACUUACGGAGAUAACUUGUACGAAACCUGAAGGAAUAACAAUCUUGGAACACAUUUCAAGAUCAUUACAACUUUGUUUGUCUUCGAUAAAUCACAGAGAAAUUAUUCAUGAAUUUUUUCAAAUCGAAGUUUUGUUGUCACAAUUUUUAAAUCACAUUUGUAACAGCUUGACAUCGCAUUACAAACCUGUCCUUUAUCUCGCAAAGAAAUGUGUCCACAAGAUAAAGAGAUUGUAUGGUCCAGAACUCAGAUUUUCUCAACAAAUUUACGAAUAUUGUUGGUCUCCUGAGAAAAUUUUCACUCCUUUCGGUCCACAGCCUGAAAGAAUCGGUUUCUACAGGAGAUUGGCAAAACUCGUACCUGAUAAAGCGUCAAUAACCAUUAUUGACAUGUUCACGAACGCUAUCAUUGAGUUUGAGAAGAAAUCAAACACUCAAAAACUCAAAUUCAUGCCUAAUUUCAUCCAAUUCAUCAAAAUGUUCACUGUCAGAGAGCUGAUGUCCAUUGAUAUCAUUCACGAGAAGGUUUGCGAAGUCAGACAGAACAGUUCUAAUCUCCAACAGAUAAUAGACGUCUUCAUUCGUCUUAUUACGAACCCUGACAUUCCUUUUUACGCGUUAGCGAAGAAAUACGUUGUAAAAAUGGUCAGAAACUUUGCAGAUGAAGUUGUGCAAUACAUUUUAUUCUCUACGCAUGGGAAUAAUGUUCCUUCGAUCUUCUUCUUGAUGAUACUUAUCUUCAAUGAUGAUACAUCAAUCAUCAUCAAAGCAAUUGAAAGAGUUGUCAUGGGUAUUGAUGAUUUGAGUCAGAUUUCACCAACAGUUGCGAGAUUAGUCAAAUUCCUUGUUAUUUGUGAAUGGUACAACGCAUUUGCAGAUUCGUUGAUGUCAAUAAGUAUGAAAUUAUUUAAUUAUUAUUCAGAUUUGGUCAAAGACGAGAUGAAGCCAGGAAGUCAUAGGUAUUCGAUCUUCUGUGAUGUAACAGGAGCACUUGUUUGUUUAUUACAGAAAAACUUCGACAAAGAAAUCGCAAUUAAAAUCAGUGAAGCGUUUGAACAGCCAAUCUUGAUGGAUACACUCACAUACCAUAGAUUCAUCAAUGCUGCAUUCGAUACACAAUCAGAUGACUUCAAAUUCGACCUUUUCAUGGAGAUUUUUGAAAAAAGAAAUGUUCUGUCACCUUUUGUUGUAAAUAUUUUCUUGUCUCAUUGCAUUAUCAAGUCUAAUCACAAACCAGAAACCCUUAAUGCAAUGUUGGAUAAGAUAUUAUCAAUUUACAACGAAGAAAAGCACAGAACUGUUGUUAUAAGAUGUUUGUAUCAUUUAGUCAAAAUGAAUUUGCCAAAUGACGAAAAAAUCAAGUUCAUUUUGUUAAAUAUUCUCAAGCAAACUAUGUCUUCUCCAAACCCAGAGCACGUGAUCUACUCAAUACGGCUCUCCAAUGUUCUUUUGAAGAAGAACAAGUUGCCAACAGUUGUUUACAAAUCAUUUUUAGUAACUUUGUUGACAUUCACGAAAUUUUUGGAACCUCCUUAUUACAAAUAUCUUGUUAAACUCGUAAGGAAUGGUUCUAAGAAUAUAGAGAAUGAUCCAAACGAAUACAUCUCAGCAAUAAGUUACUAUUUCAUUGACAAAAACAUGAAUGUUCAUGAUUUGAUCCACAUUGGCAAUUUUUUGAUUCAAAAUCCGUUUUUGAUUGAUUUGCUUCCUUUCUCAUUCAUUGGCUACUUGAGUGAUCAACUCAUGCAGAGAUUGCAAACAAGGAAACAUAAGGAAGACAUUAUCGAAACGAAUGAACUCUUCAAUUUCAUACAGAAGUUGAUACAAAUUGUCAAACCGACAAAAGAAGAAUUUCAACAUUUUGUUGAUGUCAGUUUUUCAUUUAUUUCGAUUUUCUCGCAGCAAACAAUUAAGAAAGAUCCAUCAGAUAACUUCUAUACAUUGCUUGCUAACACUGAUUACGAGAUCAACUUAUCACAGUACUUUAAUUUGGUUCCACAAGGUCCUUUAACAAUGUUUUCUUUUGGUUUCAUUUGCAUCAUGAUGAAAUACAUUUCUGAUGCUGAUUUGAACAAUUUUAGUGACCAAAUCGACAGAGUUUUCAAGUAUUUGACUGAUGAAAAGAACCGUGUCAAUACUUUGUUGUUCGAAUUGUUCUGCGAACGCGUUUAUUCCUUCAAAGAAAUCAAAAAUUCGACAUUAAAAUUAAGUCAAAUGUGUUUGGACGAACUUUUCACGAAAAUGAAACAAGAUCAAAGAUGUUUGGACUUGUUAUGCGAUAGAUCAAUGAUAUUACUUUGUGGCCUGUUGAAGUACAACUACAAUGAUGAAAAUAGAGAAAGAUUACACCAAGUUUAUGAUUUUGUUUCUCUUUUUGUUCAAAACAAAAAUUACCAUUCGACAGGAAUUUUACUUGUUCGUCAUCUGUUGAAAUGUAUCGAAGUUUCUUAUUUUGGAGAACAAACAGAGCUUGUCAGUUUGUUGUUGGAUAGAAUCUCUUGUUCACAGGACUCUUUGAGGUGUUAUUCAGAUUUAAUUGCUCAAAUUUUGAGAAGUCAAAAAAUUUCUCCAUUGACGAAAGAGUUUUUACUCGAGAAAUUACCAAUACUUCUCAAAGACCAAGAGCCGAAAGUCAUACAGACAGUUAUAGACUAUAUUCCUGAUGAUUUGAAGUCAUUUUCUUUAGAUCUCAAAUUUAAUUUAAUUUUGGCAAAACAAAGUUCACCGACAUUUAGGAUUUCUCUUCUCGAUAAGAUCAGAAACUCAUUGCCAAACUUACCAAACCAAUCUAUCAUUGUCUUAUGCAAGAAUUUGACUUACGAAUAUUGGACAGAUGAAUUUGUUCCUUUGAUUAUUUCUUUGAUCGCCAAAAAAGUGAAAUUGUGGCAGCCUUUCUUCGCUUUAAGUUCAUAUUUCGUGAACAUAGGAAGCGAAUUAACAUAUGCUACAAUACACCAGAUCAUUGAUAAAGACAAUGCCGAUUCUUUAAGAGAUCUUUAUUCCUAUUUAGUUUCGAAAUGCGAAACAAAUAAAUUGUCUCAAAUGAUCAAUGGAAUUUCAAGAGCUUUCCUUUAUUCAAAUGAACGACUUCCAAAUGAAACUGUUCAGUUCGCGGCAUCUAUAACAGGAGAGUUUGAUACAUUGGUUGGUUUCACGAAGCCAGACAACAUAAAUCUCAAUUAUUUGAUGCCACAUCGUCAAAACGACACAAUUUUCGGAUUAUUAAAGCCGAAUUUGAGUCUCAGAGAAGCAGCCGCGAUGGCAUUGACGAUGCUUGGCCAAUAUGACUCUGCAUCAACUCUCUACAACGAGACAGAGAUCAAUCCAAUCAUUUCUCAAAUGAGAGACAUCAAUUUCCAAUUGAAUAUUUCCCAAGGACCAAUAAAUAUUUUGGAUGUCAUCAAGCCUUUGAUACAAAUUGAUGUCAAAUCUGAUAUAAUUGUUGAUUGUCUGUUGAAAGCUUCGAAGUGCGCAUUCAAGAACUCUAAAGAAGCAGCAAACGUGCUCAUAGAAAUUGCUGAAAAAGCUAUAAUUGAAUCUUUCAAGAACCAAGUUUAUAUUUCUAUUUAUCAGAAAGAAAGAUUCAUAACUAUUUCGAACAUUUUGUUGUUCUUGAAGCAGAAACUCGACAACAAACCAACAAUCACGUUCCCAGAAGAGAUUGACGUCAACUGCAUCAAUCCAAGCUUCUUCAGAGUCAUUAGAUCAUUCACAAAUAUUCUCCAGAAAACAACAAACAAAGAAAUGCCAUUGGAAAGCCCCGGAGAUGCGAUUUUCUUUGUUGAAAAUGGAAUGUCUCGAAUGUUUUCAACGAUUGUCGGCUACAAUUCGCGUGGAUUAGUCGCAAUCAGUGAAAAACAAGUCACGGAAUAUUUCGCAAUCAUUCAGAAUCUCGCUGCAACUGAGAAAAUUAAAGUGAAUGAUAUGAAACAAUUUGCACCAUUUGCAUUCAAUUUCUAUGAAGUUUGUCCUUCUCCUGAGAUGUAUCAAACAGUUUUCUCCGCUUACCAACAGAUUUUAAUUAGUACUGAUCCACUUCCAAUGUUUGUUUCCAAUUCCGCUGCAGCAAGAAUCAUAACUUUAAUUAGAUUUGCUGUUAAUUCCAAUGAUCAGCAAUUAAUUUCGAUUGUUGAAUCAUUUGCGAAUAUUUUCUCAACGGAACAAGCUGUUAUUUGGUGUGUUUGGUUACAGCAAAUUGUUGAAUUGUCAAGGGCAUCAUGGUUCUUCGAAAUUGUCUAUCAUUUGUUCAAUGACAUGAGUUAUAGAUCAACUUUGUAUGGAGAGAAACUUGGAAUUCCUGACUUCAAAGAUUUACUUCAAAAGAGAUUGAUGCAUUCUGUUACAACGCAAAUUGUUAUGAUGGAUAUCUUGGGAGGAUUCGUUAAUACUUUCCUCCAAAUAGAUAUAAGUGAAUACUCCAGAAUGAAGAACUUUUUGAUCUUGGCAAAAGAACUUUCUAAACUUCCUCCACAAACAAUUUCUUCUUUGGAUUUGAUCGAAAUCAGAACAAAGAAACCAAUUCCUUUGACAUUGUUGGAGAAAGCAAUUUUCGCUCUCACAAUUAGUGAGCUUUCUAGAAUAGAUGUACAAACAUUCUACAACUUGACAAUGAGUGAUGAUCACAGUCAACUCAUUAAAUACAUCGCGGAAGUCUCCAAUUCAUCGACUUCUUUGUCUGAAUACAAUGAUAAAUUGCAAAAAUCAUUGGCAGAAGUCAACAAAAACUUGCCAUUUAUCAUUUCUGUUAGAUUUGAUAACUAUCCACAUAUAUCUAUUAUCAGAAUACAUGAUGACUUUGUUUAUAUUGAUAAGGAUAUAUUUGUUAUUCAUGCGAUGACUUCUGUUUCUCCAAGAAUGACUUUCUUGAUACAAAGAUCAUCAAAUGAAAAUGGUUUUCAUCCUUCAAUUCUCACUUUGUCGACUAUUUUCGUUUUCUUCAAACAGAUGAUCGAAUCUAGUUACCAAUCAAGAAUUCGAAACAUCAGCAUGGACGCAUCGAAUGUUUUCGAAAUUGGAAAAUCUCUGAUGUUGAGUUCUUGUCCAGGAGACAUUAUUUCGCUUGAAACAUUGUUCAGAAUGGUUACAGCGAAAACAAAGGAAGAAUGGAUGGAUGAAUACACGAUAAAUGAAGGAAAACUCAACAAAGAAGGAGAGAAAUACAUCGAAACAAUGGAAACAAAAUCAUUUAAAGAAUAUAUGUUGACAGAAAUGGCACAGAUGGCUCCAUCACAGAUCAGAUUGAACAUUUUGAGGUCUUUUGCAUCGAUAUCGUUGUUGAGAGAGAUCUUCCAAUCAAAGUAUCCAAUGCUAGGCCAUGUUAUUUUCUGUUGCACUGCCGCUGUGAUGCCAAUUCUUCAUGUUGAUUUCGAUCUUGAAAAAGAUGAAAAUUCUUCAUCAUUCAGAUUGUCUCCAAACAUUGCAACAUCAAUAGGACCAACAGGACCUGGAGAACUCUCCAUUGCAUUGUCUGCUUGCGCAAGUGCGUUGGUCGAGAACUUGGAAUGUGUUAGAUCUUUCGUAGAGGUUUUUGUUGGAGACAGAAAUUUGGAUGAUCAUUCUAUUGAAGGAAUUAAAGAAAGAAAAGAUGAAAUCAUCGAAAGAUUGCUUUCUUUCGCGGCUCCAAAGGGAACUAAUGUAUCACAGGAAGAUGCGGAAUCUUGGCUUGCUGGAAUCGAUGAAGUUAUUAUGAAGGCAAGUUCUCCUGAAAAUCAACCAAUUGAAGCAAUUCCUUGGUUCUAA